ACAGAAAAGAGCGCGAUUCGACAAAUAGAUUCCUUUCGAUAGCUAAACUGUGUACAGUGUUAAAUUUAUUCACUUUACUAAAAUCAUUCCUCUUCCCGCUGUACAGCGUUGAACGCUUAAUCAAGUAGCUCUAUUUCUAAGAUACGUAGCGUAUGGUGAUUAGAAGCAUUUUAGUAGGAAGGAAAGGAAACCAUGCCGGAAUUCAUAAUAAACGGCGUGCCGGUGAACUUUCCGUUCGAGCCGUAUCAGUUGCAGAAAAAUUACAUGGCCAAAGUGAUUGAGUGUCUGCAGAACAAAAGUAAUGGCGUGCUCGAAUCGCCGACCGGCACGGGUAAAACGCUCAGCCUGCUGUGUUCGUCCCUCGCGUGGUUGAUGUACAUGAAGGCAAAGGUGCAGUUCCAGCAAAGCACCGCACAUCUGCAUCUGCCCGAGCUGAGCAACGCCAAGAACACUAAGCUCGAUCCGGAGCAAGCGCUCGCCCUGCAUGAAAUUCAUCGGCAUGCAAAGAUAAAAAUCAUCUACUCCUCCCGCACCCACUCGCAGCUGUCCCAAGCGAUGCAGGAGCUUAAAAACACUAGCUACCAGGACGUGCGGGCCAUCAUACUCGGUUCCCGGGACCAGCUAUGCAUCCAUGGAGAAAUUUCCAAGCAGGAGAACAACACCAUCAAGACGACACUGUGCCGGGAGGAGACAAAAACACGCCGCUGUACAUUUUACAACCGCGUCGAGCAUGCGAAAGAUCGUCCGGACGUGACAGCGGUGCGGGUGCUGGACAUCGAAGAUCUCGUGACGGUUGGGAGGAAGAUGAAGGCCUGCCCGUACUACCUGUCCAAGGAGCUGGUAGAGCAGGCGGACGUCAUCUUUAUGCCGUACAACUAUUUGCUCGAUCCGAAGGCACGCAAAUCGAACGGGCUAACGCUGCAGAACAGUGUCAUCAUACUGGACGAAGCGCACAAUGUGGAGAAGAUGUGCGAGGAGAUCGGUUCGGUUCAGCUGCGGUCGUCCGAGAUUGCGGUGGCGAUCGAGGACGCGUCCACCAUUAUAAAGGCGCUAAUGGAUGCGGGCGGUGCGGGCGCAAUGGACGAGGACAAACCGUACGACUUUACGCUGGAUGAUUUGGUGCUGUUGAAGGAAAUUUUGCUUAACGUCGAGAAGGCGGUCGAUGACAUACCGGUACCGUUCUCGCAGGGCGGUAUCACCCAACCGGGCACGUUCGUGUUUGAGCUGCUCGAGAAAGCGAACAUAAAGUUUGGCAAUGUGAACGUUAUUCUGCAACUGCUCAACUCGCUGAUCGCCUACCUCACCACGACCAUGUCGAACAAUUUCGUACGCCGCGGUAUGGGCCUGCAAGCGCUAGCCAACUUUCUCGAGAUAGUGUUUGCCGGCAGCGGGUCGGAGUAUUCCCAGUCGGUCGAGAAAUGUUUCCGCGUGCAUAUCGAGCUGGAGGAAGCGAAACAGCCGACCAAAGCGAACGUGAAGCGGGCGGACGGUUGGACGGCCACGAAGCAGAACGUUAAAACACCGGCCACAAAAUCCAACUCGAAGGUGAUUAACUUUUGGUGCUUCAAUCCGGGGUUCGGUAUGCGCCAGCUGCUGGACAGUGGCGCGCGCAGCAUCAUACUUACCAGCGGUACGCUGGCACCGCUCAAACCGCUAAUCAGCGAGCUUAACAUGCCGGUCGAGGUAAGCCUGGAGAAUCCGCACAUCAUCGACCGGAGCCAGGUGUACGUGAAGGUGAUAUCGCACGGCCCGGACCGGAUGGAGCUAAACUCGAGCUUCAAGAACCGUUCGAACCCGGACUACAUCUCAUCGCUCGGCCGCACCGCAUUGUCCCUCUGCCCGAUCAUACCGGGCGGGCUGCUCAUAUUCUUUCCGUCCUACCCGCUGCUGCACAAAUGCUCGGAAGAUUGGCAGGCGACCGGCAUCUGGGCGCAGAUUAACCGCAUCAAGCCGAUCUUUGUUGAGCCGCGCGGAAAGGACACGUUCCUGGCGACAAUGGCCGAGUACUACGCGAAGGUGCGCGAACCGGGCAGCCGGGGUGCCAUCUUUAUGGCGGUGUGUCGCGGCAAGGUGUCCGAGGGGUUAGAUUUUGCCGAUGACAAUGGGCGGGCGGUCAUGAUUACUGGGCUCCCGUUUCCACCGAUGAUGGAUCCCCGGGUGCUGCUGAAGAAGCAAUAUCUCGAUGCGAACCGGACGCGGGAAAAUGAGCUCAUCACCGGAAACGAUUGGUACUCGCUGGAAGCGUCGCGUGCCGUUAAUCAGGCGAUCGGGCGCGUUAUCCGCCACAAGGAUGAUUUCGGUGCGAUACUGCUGUGCGAUUCACGGUUCCAGAAUCCCCGCCAGCAGUCGCAGCUUUCCGCCUGGAUACACGGCCAUCUGCGGGAAGCGGAACGGGCUGCUGUUCCCAACUUUGGCACGAUGGUCGGCGAGAUGGUUCGCUUUUUUCGCCAAAUGGCUAAAUUUAGCGUACCGUCUCAGGUGCGUGAUGUGUGCGGUGUUAAGCUCGAGUACGAUCCGCACUCCAACACGGUCAAGAAUGAUCCGGAGGCAUCCAGCAGCAGCAGCAGCAGCAGCAGCGGUAUGGUUACGAUAUACAAGCGCGAGCGAAAGGAAAGUGUCGAUGCACGACUCGCGGAAGCGGAUCAGAUAUCGCGGAAAAAGCGGAAAAUUGUACUCGUACCGAACAAAACGAUAAAAACCGAACCGGCGAGCAGUGGUGGUGCUGAUUCGGAGAAUGAACCAACCUCUACCACGCAACAGUUGGACCAGCUGUCCUUGAAGCUAGAGCCGGAUUUAACGGGCGAUAGGGCAAACGUCGAUGGGGAACGGGUAGCGCCAGCCAAUCGGGUCGAUUUACUGCGCGAAGUGAAAUGUUCGCUGAAUGCCGAUGACUACAAAACAUUCCUCCAGGCGAUAGCGAUCUACAGCAAAAAUCACGACAUUCAGCAGUACAUCGAUCGGAUUUGCGAUUGUUUCCGUCAGCCACAUUUGUUGUACCUGUUGAAGGCAAUGCGACGAUUUGUUCGGCCAGAGCACAAGCAUCUGUUCGAUGCACGCAUGGAGCGUCUAACAUCACCAGCGGGCCCCUCCAACGGGAUCGACGUAGUGUGAUAUUAGCUGUAUUGAGACAAGCAUGAUGGCGUACGCCUUGAGAUAAAGUACAUUGUUGGGUGAUUGAUGUGUUUGUUGCUGUCAUUUAAUUUUUUUUAAAUCGUUAAAUUCUCUCUAAAACUAUACAGUUAUGUUCCUUGAAUAUAAGCUUUUAGGUUGGCAGAAAUAGGAUAAAGCAAUUGGAGAAACAUCCCUGUACAAAUUCUGCAAAGGGCUAACGUUGCGUUCGCCGUUCGUUCGCCGUCCGGUAGUCAAAGUAACCUGUGGCUGCUUAGUUAGUUGAUGUGGUAGAGUAGGUAGGUGUGUUUUUGCUAGUGUGUAAAUGCAUAAUUUGAAGUAUAAAACAUUUAACGAAAGGUUUUGACGGUUGAACCGCAUGCCAAUAAGACCAAUAAGAGAUCUCCUCGCGACCGGACGGAGGUGGUAAUCUGGUAAACUUGGAGAAGAGUAGCAAUGUGAAAGCCAAACAAAUUUGUUUUUUUUUAUGUGUGGCCCCCAAAUCGAGACACUGAGGUGCUCGAUGUAUUAUAAUGUAUUGCCGAGGAGGACCUAUCUCACGGACAACUACCAGCGAGGCCCUCACACACACCCUUACACCCUUAAUGCGGAGCGCUGAUCACUGACAUCACUGAUAAAUGCUCUAAAUGAAUGAUUUCUUGGUUUAAGGUUUUGAAUUUACACGGCUUUUUCUUGAUUGCUACCCAAUAAAAUGGCCGUCCCAAGAAAUGGCCAAUCAACGCUGUA